AGGUACUUCAUCAAUUUACCAGAUACAGGUCAUUGCUACAAGCUUUCAAACAUUUAAGCACAUAUCGAACAUCCUACUACUCGAUACAAUUGUCAAUUGACUUUAUUUAAACUUAUCACACAUCUCAGCAAUGGCCUCAAUCGUCUCAGCACGUUAUGGAAAGGACAAUGUCCGCGUCUACAAGGUCGAGCGGGAUGAGAAGUUGGGUACGCAGACUGUCACUGAGAUGACUGUCUGCGUUCUUCUCGAGGGUGCUAUUCAGACAUCAUAUACCAAAGCCGACAACAGUGUCGUUGUCGCCACCGAUUCCAUGAAGAACACCGUCUACAUCAAGGCCAAGGAGAACCCAGUCACCCCUCCUGAGCUAUUUGCCAGCAUUCUCGGCACCCACUUCGUCGAAACCUACCCUCACAUUACCACUGCCAACAUCAAGGUCGUCACACACCGUUGGACAAGAAUGACCAUUGAUGGCAAGCCACACCCACACUCCUUCUACCGUGAUGGAAAUGAGACCCGCAACGUCGAGGCCGUGGUCCGAAAGGGUCAGGGCAUCGAUAUCCGCAGUGGCAUCGUCGGUUUGCUAGUGUUGAAGAGCACUGGCUCCCAAUUCCACGGCUUCGUCCGAGACGAAUACACUACACUUCCCGAGGUCUGGGACAGAAUCCUUUCAACAGAUGUGGACUGUGGAUGGCAAUGGAAGACAUUCUCAGGAUUGACUGCUGUCAGAUCAGCUAUCCCCAAGUUUGACCAAGCGUGGAACGGCGCUAGAUCCAUCACCAUGAAGACUUUUGCAGAGGAGAACAGCCCAUCGGUUCAAAACACCAUGUACAAGAUGUGCAACUCCAUCUUGGAGGCAGUACCAGAAGUCGAGACAGUCGAUUAUGCUCUCCCCAACAAGCACUAUUUCGAGAUUGACCUUAGCUGGCACAAAGGCACCAAGAAUACCGGCAAAGAUGCCGAAGUCUACGCUCCUCAAUCAGGACCCAAUGGUCUUAUCGAGGUCAAGGUCGCCAGAUCUCAAAAGUCAUCCAAGCUAUAGAUGGAUUUGCUGGAUGUGGAUAGAUGGAUAGAUCGUUUAAGCAAUAUCACGGCCGUUUCAUGAUAUAUGUUGGAAUUAGGCGUUCCGUUUGAAGAAAGAGCUUUCUAGGGCCGCAUCACAGAUAGGAGUUCCCAGAUACCA